AUGCCGCCGCCGCCACCUCCUCCUCCAAGCGAUGACCGGACGUCAACGUCUGCCGACGCUGGACUGCCGCAAUUGGAGAAGAGUGAGCGAGUUCGAAAGAAACUCGCGCACUGGAAGGCGCAAAGGGAGAAAAAGAAAGCAGCAAAGAAAAUUGCUACAAAUGCACCCCCUCAUGCUCCGCCUCCCCCCAAACCACAUUCAACCCCAAUAAAGCUAAAACAGUCAAUACCGAUCUCACAACCCUGCCAAAAC